AUCAAACUCUCUAAACUCUGAGAAAAAAAUCUAAUCAAAUAAACACUUUGGGAAUUAUGUCUGGACAAAAGCAGAAUUUGCUGUGGCUGAUGAUCAUCUCUUGUGUUUUACGCCAGAUAACCUGCUCAGAUGAACUGAUAAUCCAAGUCAAUUCAUCAGAUCAGUGUUUCUGGAACCAAAGUAACUCAACAAUUCCAGAUAUAAAAUGCACAUGUCUGACAGCUGAUAAACGAACAGGAACUGUUCAACUAAAUAUCUCUACUCUUGGAGAAUGCAGAUCAUACAAUCUCAGCAUAAGACAGGAUAAGGAUUAUGAAAUCAGAAUGAAUGAGAUGAUUCAAGGCAUAAAACUGUGGAUAUUACCAAAUGGAUCUAAUUAUCAGGUUUCAGUCCAGAAUUCAUCAGUAAUUAAGGCUUGCCAGGCACAGGAUGGUAUAUUGAGCAUCAGCUCCAGAAUUGGAUGUCAGAAUAUUGAACCUGUUGACCCUGAAGAGAAAUGUGCAAACGCCCUAUAUAACAAUGAUAUAUGCAGCGGGAAAGAAGGAAACAGAUACAUUCUGCAUUUAAAUGAGAGUGAAUGGAUUUGUGUGACCUGCGAUGAUGGAAGAUCAACCACCAUUAGUCCAUCGUCAAACACUAUAUCUUACAAUCUAACUACCAGUUUCACAUCACAUAUGACAACUCCAGAUCCAACUACGAGUUUCACAUCACAUACGACAAUUGACAAACCAAUUUUCACUGUCAAACCACCUGAGAUAACUUACAAUCUUACAAACCAACAAGCAGUCAAUCAAAGCGGCAAGGUUGGAUAUACUGAUCCUACAAAGGCUUCACAAAACUUGGAAAAAAUUAAGUCACUGGUGGAGAAGAUGGAACAAGUCAAUAAAACCAAUGCGGCGAUUGUCAUUGGGGAUGUUAUUGGUGUUCUUCUAAGACAACCCAUGGGCACAGAAACCAAAGACAUGGACAUAUGCUACUCUACACAUCAGAACACAAUAAAUCUUGUUGAGAGCAACCAGAAGACAGAAUUCCCCUGGUGUGUAAAGAUCCCCAGUGAAGCCUUUAAUAGAUCAAGACUGGAAAACAAUGGAAGUGCAUUUGUAGGAGUUCUACGGUUCAUGAACAUGGCAAACAAGAAUGAAACUGAACCUACCAUUGUUUUAAACAAUGAUAGUUAUGGAAUAACGAUGGGGGCCAAAAUCUCCAACCUUACCAACAAUAUUGACAUAUUCAUUAAAAAACCUAACACGGUUGGCAGUAAUGCGUCCUGCGUUUCUUGGGAUGAAAAAGAAGGAGAGCUUAAUUGGACAACAUUCGGCUGUGAGACAGAAACAUUUGACAACAACACCAUAAAGUGCUCCUGCUCACACCUGACGUUCUUUUCAGUGCUGAUGAAACCUUACCCUCAGUCAGAUGGAAAAGACAAAGCACCGCAUCAGGAAUCACUGACUUUCAUCUCUUCUAUCGGCUGUGGAAUCUCCAUACUUUUUCUGGCUGAUGCUUUAUUUAUUCAUUUCGUGCUACGGAAAGCCAAGUCAAAUCAGGCCAUGGAGAUCCUGAUGAACAUGUUUGUGGCUUUGUUUCUACUGAACGUCUCAUUUUUGUCAAACGAGAGCGUCGCUAACACAGGAGACAACGCUGCGUGUGUCUUCAUAGCGCUGCUCCUGCAUUACUCCAUGCUGGCCUCAUUCACCUGGUUCUUCAUUCAAGCUCUUCAUAUGUACUUAUGGCUCAUCAGACAGAACGUCUCCAUCACAAACUACAUGAGGAAGAUCACCGUGUUGGGCUGGGUGUGUCCGGCUCCAGUAGUCACAGUUAUUGUUUCUGUAGGAGGAUAUAAAGCAGUGAUCCUAAACACAACAUCUGAGAAAAUCACACGAAUGUGCUGGAUUUCCAAUUUUUAUAUUCACUAUAUAGUGAACAUCAGCUUCUAUGCUUUAGUUUUCAUCUUCAUCAUGAUCAUCAUCGCGGUUGUUCAGACCAGAAAAAUAAAAGCGACUAAAGACAAGAGAAAGACGGUCAGAAAGCAGCUGAUGAUGGUGUUGAGUUUGUUCCUGCUCUUCGGUCUGACGUGGUCUUUGCCGUUUUUCAGUUAUGGACCGAUGCUCAUUACCUUAUAUUACAUAUUCACUGUGCUGAACUUGUUUCAGGGGAUUUUCCUCUUCGUGUAUUACUACCACAUCCGCAAUGAUGCUGAGGGUCAUUUCUCCAAUCAUCCAGAAAGCACCAGCUCCACUAGAAACAUCACUUAAUUUAGCAUUAAUACUGCAGAAAAUAUUAAUAUCUAUCAUACUUACGACAGAAGACUUUCUUUGUCUCAGACUUUCUUAGACUGGUUUCUUUAACUGAUCUCUACAGGCAUUGUUUGUACAGGGGAAAAUUCCUCCUGUAGCUGGUGAUCCCUCUGCUCCUUCUUGUUGCCUUACUGUGUUUUAUCAGUUCAAACUUCUUCAGUUUUCUACCUUGGCUAGAAUAGUUGAUCAGUUGAAGCCAUCGGAUUCCCCUCUUGAUGUUGUUCCAUCAAGACUAAUCAAACAAGCAUUCAAUGUAUUUGGGCCAAGCAUUUUAUCAAUAUUAAAUAGCUCCCUUGUAUCAGGGACUGUUCUUGCAUCUUUCAAGCAUGCUGUAGUGCAACCAUUAAUUAAAAAUACUAAAUUGGAUCUUACGGAUUAUGCAAAUUACAGGCCUAUUUCAAAACUGCAUUUUCUAUCAAAGGUGCUGGAGAAAUCUGUCCUUAUUCAAUUGCAGUCUUUUUUGAAUAAGCAUUAAUUAUUUGAAGUUUUCCAAUCAGGGUUUAGGGAGCAUCAUAGUACAGAGUCUGCACUUUGAAAGUUCUCAAUGAUGUUUUGAUAGUAGUGGACUCUGGUGAUACUGCACUUUUGGUGUUAAUUGACCUUAGUGCAGCUUUCGACACCAUAGACCAUGAAAUUCUUAUUGCUCAACUUGAACAGGUGGUAGGGAUUCUAGGUACUGUUUUAAACUGGUUUAUGUCCUAUCUAACAAAUAGGAACUUUUAGGUUACACUGGGCAAAUUUUCAUCAUCAUCGGCCUCUCUUACAUGUGGGAUCCCACAAGGAUCCAUUUUGGGACCCCCUUUGUUUUUAUUGUAUAUGUUGCCAAUUGGAUCUAUCUUUAGUAAACAUGGUAUAUCAUUUCACUGCUACGCUGAUGAUAUGCAGAUCUAUGUACCUGUAAAGAAGAAAGGCAACUUUUAGAACAUUUCCUUGCAUGCUUAAAGAAAUUGAUAACAUGGUUGGCUGUGAAUUUUCUGCACUUAAAUGAAAGUAAAACCAAAAUUAUUGUUUUUGCACCCUCCAAUGCAUCUAUCUGGGUCUACUAAUAUGGAGCUAGGCUCUUUAUCUAUCUAUGGUAAAUCCAUGGUAAGAAAUUUAGGUGUAAUUUAUGAUGAUGCCUUGAGAUUUGACAAGCAGAUCAAUGGUGUUGUUCGAUCUGGGUUUUUUCAACUAAGAACACUGGGAAAGAUUAAACAAUUUUUAUCCUUUUGUGAUUUUGAAAGAGUGAUGCGUGCUUUUGUGUCUUCCCGUUUGGACUGUAUGUAGGGAUUAGUCAGUCCAAUCUUUCACAACUACAGAUUGUCCAAAAUGCCACUGAAAGAUUGUUAACUGGUUCUCGGAAACUGGACCAUAUCACUCACAUUUUAUCAUCUUUGCAUUGGUUGCCAGUCCAUUACAGAAUUUAUUUUAAAAUCUUGCUGUUCGUUUUUAAAUCUUUAAAUGGCCUUGCUCCAUCUUAUAUUUCAGAUCUCUUGCAACCGUACACUCCAUCAAGAUCUCUUAGGUCUUCUGACCAGAAACUUUUGAUUAUUCCUAGGUUGAGAUGCAAACAGUGUGGGGACCGUGCUUUUGCAGUAGUGGCCCCAAGGCUUUGUAAUAGUUUGCCUUCACAGAUAAGACCUGCCUUCACACUGGUGUCAUUUUUGCAAAAUGCUAUUCAGUGAAAUGUUGUUAUUUGUGAAAUGUUUUUUGUUUUCGUUUUUGUUUUUUGUGUAUAUGUUGUUUGCUUAUUUAUGUUUUUAGAUUCUGUAUAGCACAUUGGUCAACUUUUUGUUUUUAAUCGUGCUUCAGAAAUAAAUUGUCUUGCCCUUG